CCCAAAGGGGUGUUGCGCCGGGGCCUCCGGGGCCGAGGUGGGCCUGCUCACUGGAAGAUCGCACCGCAGCCAUGAGCAGUAAGGAUUUCUUCGCGUGUGGGCGCUCUGGCCAUUGGACUCGGGGAUGCCCUAGAGGAGGAGCUGGAGGGCAAGGAGGUGGAGGCCAUGGCAGAGGUUCUCAAUGCAGUUCCACCACCCUAUCUUACACCUGUUACCGCUGCGGUGAGUUCGGUCAUCAUGCUAAGAACUGUGUCCUUCUCGGAAACAUCUGCUACAACUGUGGGAGAAGCGGCCACAUCGCCAAAGACUGUAAGGAACCUAAACGAGAGAGAGACCAACACUGUUAUACCUGCGGCAGACUAGGACAUCUGGCUUGUGAUUGUGAUCAUCAGAAAGAGCAGAAAUGCUACUCUUGCGGCAAACUUGGGCACAUUCAGAAAGACUGCGCCCAGGUCAAGUGCUACCGAUGCGGCGAAACUGGUCAUGUGGCCAUCAAUUGUAGCAAGGCGAGCCAGGUCAACUGCUACCGCUGUGGCGAAUCCGGACAUCUAGCCAGGGAAUGUCCCAGUGAGGCUACCGCUUAAAUUUUUCCCUUUGUCAUCUUCCCCCCUCCUUUUGCUGAUUGAUAAUUGUAUUAUUUUCUCUGAAAACUUCACUGACCAAAAGGUCGAUAGAUUGGGCUACUCUCAGGCAAGUGAGCUUUAAUUACCAUGUUAAAGGAGGAAAGAGCUAGGAAAAAAAAAACCAAAAACUCAAAAAAGUUAAUCAUUGCUAGAUGCCCCACAAUUAAUGUGCUGCUUCUGCCCCACAGGCAAAUCUAGUUAUUGAAUAGUCAUUCUGAGCACCAAUCACUUUGGGGGUUCUUUUGGUGUAUUUUGAUUUCACACAUUUAAUUAGGAGGCACUAUUGGAAGAGCUGGAUCCAUAUUGCCAUAUUGGUGAACAAAUCAGAACAAGUUUAGAAACACAGGCCUCGAAUCUAUUAACAAGAAAAAUAUUGUGUCAGAUGAAGGUAAAUUGCCAGAGAGAAAAAGAACAGGAGGUAAAAGGAUAAAAAGAGAAUGUGUAUGUGGGGGAAAGAGGGAAAGAAUGUGGUUCUGUUUUAGAUACACAAGGCCACCCUGAGGAGGUUAUAUUUCCUCAGAGAUCCAUAGGGCAAAUAAAGCUGAUUCUGAAAAUCCA